AUGUCUAUUACAGUGCUAGCUUCAAACUUUACAGCUGCUGCAUCGUCGAAGAGAGGCAACAUGAAGAAACUAAAUUGGAAGAAGCCACUUAAGGGGAUGGUUAAACUAAAUGUUGAUGCUUCAUUCUUUGAAGUCACUGCCUCGGGAGCUACUGGAGCUGUCCUGCGGGAUGACCAUGGCAUGUUUAUUGGUGCUUCCAGCCAGGUACUAGUGCAGGUACUAGAUGUGGAGUCUGCUGAGGCGUUAGCUCUCCACCAUGGACUCCUUUUUGCGAUGGAGAUGGGAUGCAAUAGAGUGGAAAUAAAUUCAGAUAACCAUGCAAUUAUUGAUGCAAUGAACCUGGGUGGUUAUUCAAUGAGCCCAGCAGCAGCGAUUCUAAAUGAUUGUGCUCAGCUAGCGAGAGAUUUUGUGAAAGCAACCUUUGUAUACUGUCCAAGAGAUUUAAAUAGUGUAGCAGACGAGGUAGCAAAGUAUGCUAAUGAUGCAGGUCCUGCUAGAUGGAUAGAUGAUCCUCCUCAUUUUAUUCUUGCUAAACUUGUAUCAGACUUAACUAUUAUUGAGUAA